AUGGCGUCCAUAGGCAGUAUUUCCGACAUACGGAACGAGAUCCUGGAAAAUGACACCGCAAAACGAAUUGUGAUUAAAGUGAGAACUCAAAGGCUAGAUUCUCAGAAUUAUCGCGUCUCAGCCCACGAAUUUAUCAGCGAGGUUUUUCCCGGCUGGGAAAACGACCCGCGGAUUCUGCCUGUCGUGAUUGAUGUAUGGGAUGAACGUACCUUCAUUGUCGUCGACAUUAAUCAUCUUGAUUACGACUUUAAUACGGCUCACGAAGUCAAAAAGGUCUUCCCAGUGUAUAUACUCCGCCAAGGGAAAAAGCGUGGCUGGGCUCUUAUAAAAUGGCCUCGAGAGGAUGAGCCCCUUAGCGCGAAACUCAUGUAUCUUCACAACGCCCAUGGUUGGGACGCCAAAACACCUUUCCUAGAAGACCACCACUCACGUAUCGUGCACGCCAAUCCCCGCGAUCUUCGUAAAUGA